AUGUUAACAAGACAAGGUGCAUUACGUCUCACUGAAGCUGAAUUUCGUCGAUUAACUAAUAUUGAUAUCGAUUUUCCUGGACAUGCUGAUGAAUGGCUUAAAGAUCUCACUGCUACAUUUCGUAUGGCUGAUAUUACUGAACCACAAGCAUUAAAGAUAAUUCCUACUUUUUUGGAGGGACCAGCUAAACAAUGGUUCGUCGAAAAUAAUACACAUCUUGAAUCAUGGAAUACAUUUAAAGCUGAAUUUAUUCAUACUUAUUCCUCCCCAACAGUGAAACAAUUAGCAUCACAACGCUUACGAACUCGGCAACAAUGUACCGAUGAACCUGUGAUUGAAUAUUACACUUAUGUUAUGAAAUUAUGCAAAAUUAUUGAUCCAAAUAUGACAGAUGUUUCGAAACUUGAUCAUUUAUACCAUGGCCUAAAACCGCCUUUAAUGAAAGAAGUAUUACGUCAAGCACCCUGA